CAGAAAAUCCCCCGUUUUCUCUUCCGUUGUUUUCCAGGCAGCCGGCACCUCCUCCGCGUCCUGGCGACGGGCGCCGCAGGGAAUGAAACUUUAACAAGAAGUCUAUGUUAAAGCCUGGUUAACAGCAAGAGAGGCAAAGUGUAGAAGCAAUGCCCUGAUGAAAAGUUAUAACGUCUUGUAAUGGAAGAUGGAAGACAAAGGGGCUCGUGUUGCUGACUACUUUGUUGUCGCAGGAUUAACAGAUAUUUCAAAACCACUAGAGGAAGAAAUCCACUUCAAUGAUGCUUGCCAUAAAAUUGCUAAACCAAAAGAACCUAUUACAGACGUAACAGUAAUUAAUAAAUCUCUGGGAGAGGAAGUUCCUCAGGGAUAUAAAUGCAUAGAUGUUACUCCCUCAGGACUGUCUGCAGAUCUCAAUAAUGGCAGUCUUGUAGGACCGCAAAUAUACCUUUGUUAUCGCCGAGGAAGGGAUAAGCCCCCACUUACUGAUCUGGGGGUUUUAUAUGAUGGGAAAGAAAGAGUAAAGCAAGGUUGUGAAAUAAUUCAAACUACUCCAUAUGGUCGGCCUGCUAAUAUUAGUGGCAGUGCCUCAUCACAAAGAGUGUACAUCACUUACCGAAGAGCAUCCGAAAACAUGACACAAAACACGUUGGCUGUAACGGAUAUAUGUAUAAUCAUACCAAGUAAAGGAGAAACCCCUCCACAUACGUUCUGCAAGGUUGACAAGAAUCUUAAUAAUAGUAUGUGGGGCUCAGCAGUAUAUUUAUGUUAUAAAAAGUCUGUGGCAAAAACCAACACCAUAUCAUAUAAAGCUGGUUUAAUAUGCAGAUAUCCUGAAGAAGAUUAUGAAUCAUUCCCAUUACCAGAAUCUGUGCCUCUUUUUUGUCUACCUAUGGGUGCAACGAUUGAAUGUUGGCCAUCUAACAGUAAAUACCCCCUCCCAGUUUUUUCUACAUUUGUACUAACUGGCGCUUCUGCAGAAAAGGUAUAUGGUGCUGCUAUUCAGUUUUAUGAACUGUAUCCUGAAGAGAAUCUCACAGAGAAACAAAAAUCUCAACUGGGAUUAGCAGCUGCUGUUGAGGGAAAGUCAGAGACAUGCAGAACAGUUCAAACAAAUAAAUGCAUCUGUCUGCUCUCUCACUGGCCUUUCUUCGAUGCUUUCAAGAAGUUUCUUACCUUUCUGUAUCGUUACUCCAUUUCUGGUCCGCAUGUCCUACCCAUUGAGAAACACAUUUCCCAUUUCAUGCACAAAGUUCCUUUUCCAUCCCCUCAGAGGCCAAGAAUUCUAGUUCAGCUAUCUCCACAUGAUAACCUGAUUCUUAGCCAACCUGUGUCAUCACCCCUUCCACUGAGUGGGGGCAAGUUUUCUACACUACUUCAGAAUUUAGGACCUGAAAAUGCAGUAACUCUACUUGUUUUUGCUGUGACGGAACAUAAAAUUCUCAUCCAUUCAUUGCGACCUUCUGUCCUUACUAGUGUGACAGAGGCAUUAGUCUCUAUGAUAUUUCCCUUCCACUGGCCUUGCCCAUAUAUUCCUCUGUGUCCCUUGGCACUGGCAGAUGUGUUAAGUGCACCAUGCCCAUUCAUAGUGGGAAUUGAUUCAAGAUAUUUUGAUAUCUAUGACCCUCCACCAGACGUUAGCUGUGUUGACCUAGAUACCAAUACAAUUUCUCAAACGGGAGAUAAGAAAGCUAUUGCUUGGAAGAUCUUACCAAAGAAACCUUGUAAAAAUCUGAUGAACACUUUAAGUAAUUUGUAUCAGCAACUGGCAGAAUUGCAACAGAGACCAAGAGAAGAUGCAUUAAUGGAAUUAGCAAUGAAUGACUACGAUUUUAAUUCUGGGAAGAAAUUGCACCUGUUAGAUUUGGAGAUCCAGGAAGCAUUCCUGUGUUUCAUGGCCUCAAUACUAAAAGGUUACAGGUCUUAUCUCAGGCCAAUAACAGAGGCACCCUCUGAAACAGCCACAGAUGCAAGUUCUCUCUUUGAACUACAAGGUUUCCUCAAAAGUCGAGAUCGUUCACAUCAGAAGUUCUACACACUGAUGACCAAAACUCAAAUGUUUAUUCGCUUCAUUGAGGAGUGUUCUUUUGUCAGUGAUAAGGAUGCAAGCCUUGCAUUUUUUGAUGACUGCGUAGAUAAAGUAGAUAUGGACAAAACUGGGGAAACACGACUUAUAGAGCUGGAUGAGUCAUACAAGAGUGAGCAUACAGUUUUCAUAACACCACCUGAGAUCCCUCAUCUGCCAAAUGGUGAAGAGCACCCUCUACAAUACAGCUAUAAUGGAUUUCCAGUGUUAAAACUAGAUUUGUUUGAGCGACCUGAAGGAUUUCUUACAGCACCAAAUAACAAACUGUCCUCAAAAGCUAGUAGUCCCAACAGCCCAUCGCCAAUGUUCAGAAGAACUAAACAGGAAAUUAAAUCUGCACAUAAAAUUGCUAAGAAGUACUCCUCCAUACCACAGAUGUGGUCCAGGUGUUUGUUACGUCACUGCUAUGGCCUUUGGUUUAUCUGCCUUCCUGCGUAUGUGAAAGUGUGCCAUUCAAAAGUCAGGGCUCUGAGAACUGCAUAUGAUGUGCUACAAAAAAUGCAUACCAAAAAAAUAGAUCCACCUGAUGAGGUAUGCUACCGAGUACUUAUGCAACUGUGUGGACAGUAUGGUCAGCCUGUGCUAGCAGUGAGAGUGCUUUUUGAAAUGCAGAAAGCUGGUGUUGACCCUAAUGCCAUUACUUAUGGCUACUACAAUAAGGCCGUUUUGGAAAGUACCUGGCCUUCAAGCAAUCGAGGUGGCUAUUUCCUAUGGAUGAAAAUACGAAACGUUGUUUUAGGAAUAGCACAGUUUAAAAAAGCAUUGAAAAAGCUACCAGCCAGCACCUCACAUACAGCCAUUCCUGGCGGACUUUCAGACUUUGGCAAUAAUACAUCAUUCAAAGAAGAAGCCAGUCAAGGGAAAACUUGUCUUCAAGGCAUACAAGAACAAAAAGAGGACAAGAGAGAGAGUGACUCCAGUUCUCUGUCCGAAGUGGAGAGUGCAAAAGGGAGUGGCGACUGCCUACCUAAACUAAAUUAUCAGAACUCAAGUAAUGCCAAAGCCGCUUCUAGCAUAGUGCGGCUCAACGGUACAGUUGACACUACCGUAGCAGAAGCUAGCACAGAGAGUUCUGUAGGAUUGCUGUUUACAUCAUCUUUUGAGGAUGCCAGUGAAGCGGAAGUUACAAAAAGUAAAUCUUUAAGAAAGAGACAUAAAAGUGCAGUAGAACCUGACUUAAGGGCGAUACCAUGGGAAAGCAGGAACCGUAAUCUGAGUGGAGAUGGCUUAGUGGGACUCAUGAUAAAUAGAAUAAAUCAGGAAGCAAACCCUGGAGAAAUUGUUGAAAAACUAGGAGCUGAUGCCAAAAUCCUAUCUAGUGCGUUACAGAAAAGCAUAAGGCCAAAAACUCUUAAUAUCAGAACUUCCUCUUUAGGAUCUAAGAGAGAAAGCCUGGAGAAAGAAUCUAGUGAUGAAGAUGCAGCUUUUGAUUGCAGUUUUACAGAUAAAACAGAGUCUCCUGUUAUCUUUGAUCUGGAAGACUUGGAUGCAGAACCUGAAACAUCUACAGCAGUGAAAUCCUCCAGUGAAAAAUCUAGAAGGCUGCAAAGAAAGAGCAGCUUUCCAGUAAAGCCAGUUGAAAAGACAGAUGUUGAAACUGGAUUUGAUCCACUGUCCCUGCUGGUUGCCGAGACAGAACAGCAGAAAGAGGAGGAGGAGGAUGAUGAUGAUAGAAGUGUUUCUACUCCAUCUGCAAGGCGAGAUUUAGCUGAAGAAAUAGUUAUGUACAUGAACAACAUGAGCAGCCCUUUGUCAAGUCGUGCCCCAAGCAUUGAGUUGCAAAAACCCUAUGAUGACAAAAAUGCGAAUAAAAAGAGCCCCACAGUAAUCCAACCUUGUAGGAGGUCCAGCCUUCCCCCAAACUCCCCAAGGCCAUCCAGUCUUACCAAAUCCAAGAGUUAUCAUGCAAAAAAUGAAGAAAGGCCAAGAGACAGGCUUUGGUCCUCCCCAGCUUAUUCCCCAAACAGUCCAGCAAAGGAACAGCCACAGGAUGCAACUAGUGCAUUAACACUUGUGUCUUCACCAUCAUUUAACUUGGAUACACUGUUAACACCUAAGUUUGAUGUUCUAAAAAGCAGCAUGUUUUCUGCUGGAAAAGGGGUUGCAGAGAAAGCUAGCAAGUGGUACUCAAAAUUUACAAUGUAUGCUGCAUCCUCAAAGGAUCAAAAUUCAGACCGAGCAAGUGUUUCAUCUCUUGGAGCUCUGGACUCAGAAUCUACUUCUCUAACUGAUGAAGAUGUCUGCAAUGAUUUUGAAAGUGCUUCUCCUCAGGAGAAUACCACAUCAGAAAUUAAGGGAAUUGGCCUCAGCAGGACAAGUCUAGAAAGCUCAGCUUCCCAUGAUGGCUCAUCAAAACAAUUUGACCAGUGUGGUUCUCUUUCAAAGUUCCCUUUACCUGACAAAUCAGAGUUGAUAUCUUCUUGCAGUACAAGUAGUACCAGUGUGUUUCAGAACUACGCUAUGGAGGUCCUCAUCUCAAGCUGUUCGCGAUGUCGAACUUGUGACUGUUUGGUUCAUGAUGAAGAAAUCAUGGCAGGUUGGACAGCAGAUGAUUCAAAUCUCAAUACCACGUGUCCGUUCUGUGGCAAUUUAUUUCUGCCUUUUUUAAGCAUAGAAAUUAGAGAUCUUCGGCGACCUGGACGUUAUUUUCUGAAGUCCAGCCCUUCGACAGAAAACAUGCAGUUCCCAUCACUUUUUUCAAAUCAGAGCGGGAAGUCCUGUAACACUGCAGCUGCUGUUGGCCUUGCUACAUCUCUAAUGUCUGUUCAAGAGGAUAUAAAUUCAAAUAGCAAAUCUAAGCAGCAUGACAAUAUUUGUGCCAGAAGUAUCCAGAUCCCCUCAGGAAGACGACAAAAUACCUCUGGGUCAGAAUGUACAAGUCACCCUGUGGCAAGGAGUAUCAGUACUUUUGGUCCAUUGGAAGAAGAUGAGAAGGAAAACCAGAUGAUCAGCCAUAUCAUUCCUACUGGUAGCCUGCCUGCUACUUUGCAAGGACCAACAGAUUCCUUGGGCCUAGAAUGGUGCUUACCUAGCCCUGAUCCUAUAACGGUUCCUUAUCUCAGUCCUCUGGUGGUAUGGAAAGAGCUUGAGAGCUUACUUGAAAAUGAAGGGGAUCAUGCAAUAACAGUGGCGGACUUUGUAGAUCAUCAUCCUAUUGUGUUCUGGAAUUUGGUGUGGUAUUUCAGACGCUUGGACUUGCCCAGCAACUUACCAGGAUUAAUACUUUCUUCUGAGCACUGUAAUAAGAACUCCAAGAUUCCACGAAACUGUAUGUCAGAGGACAGUAAAUAUGUUCUUAUUCAGAUGCUAUGGGACAAUAUGAAAUUGCAUCAGGAUCCAAGGCAGCCUCUGUAUAUUUUGUGGAAUGCUCAGAGUCAAAAUCGCACUCUUUUCUUUGAGACCCAGAAGUACCCAAUGGUCCAUUUAUUGCAAAAAGACGAUGACUCUUUUAAUCAGGAGCUCUUGAGAAGUAUGGUGAAAAGCAUUAAGAUGAAUGAUGUGUACGGACCAAUGAGUCAAAUAUUGGAGAGAUUGAACAAAUGGCCACAUAUUAAAAGACAGCGGAGCCUUUACAGAGAAAUACUAUUUCUUUCACUUGUUGCCCUAGGAAGAGAUAACAUUGAUAUAGAUGCUUUUGACAGAGAGUACAAAAUGGCCUAUGAUCGUCUCACAGCUAAUCAAGUGAAGAAUACUCAUAACUGUGAUAGACCACCAAGUACUGGAGUGAUGGAAUGCAGAAAGAUUUUUGGAGAACCAUAUCUUUAAAUAUACGUAGAUAAAGGGGUGAUAUCUAUGAUGUAUACCUGUGUAACAUAACCACUUCAGUCACAAGGAACAUCUCAGUCUUCAGUGUUUAAGAACGUAUGUACGAAUGUACUAUGGCAGAAGGCCUUGGAAAAAUUAGGCCUAUCUACAGUUGUGGGAAUGGACAGAGUGAAAAAUGGGUCAAAUAUUAUUUCCCUGUCCCUUGUCCUUUCUGCAAAUCAAUGUGUAGAAAGGAAGAUUUUAAACAAAAUCAGUUCUUUAACUUGGGACAACAUAUUACAGUUCCCUUCUUAAAAAAAAUUAAACAGGUGGACAGAAACAAUGCACUGAAAGUAAUGUGAGUGAAGUAAAUUCUUCAAAAUCUAUUGUUUACAUAGAAUAUUCAUGAUAUUAUGAAGAGCAUACAAAGUUGUAUUAUACCUAUUUUAAAUUGUUUAUAGUAAGUUGAUAUUUUUUUAAUUUUUUUAAAUUACUGGAGUGAAUUUUAAAUGGACUUGCUGCAUAAGCAAUACAGUGCUUUUUUUUUUUUGCAGUACACUGCUAUUUAUAGUAACUUGUCCAGUUACUUUUUGAAGAGUGAUUUGUUUUUAAAGCAGAAUAGAAAAUGUCAACCUUCACCUAGACAGUACUCUAGAUACAGGAUUUCUCUCAUGCACCCAUGGAAAACAUAUUACCACAGCAGUCAGAAGGAAGGUAUGGUAAACUUCUGUUAAAACUCUACUAAUGAACACACUGAUGUCUCUGUGAAACACUUCUGUAGAAAUCCCCUUCUCUUCCUCUCCUGUUCCCUUCACUCCCCACUCCCUAGUAAAAUCCUACAGAUUAUGUUACGGAAUCAGUCCAUCUCCGCUGUUGGCAUUUGUUAAUGUGACCUCAUUACAGAUGUAAUACAAAGCAAAUGAUGAGCCUGCAAGAAGUUCUUCAUAAACAUACAGUGUUCAGAGUCUUGGUGGAUGUGUUUGAAACACGCUAAAUAUGACACAUACAUAAUGCUAAUCCAAAGCUUUUAACUAAAGUACAUACAGCAAACUUGCUACAGGGAAUAUAUAGGGAUUGUAACUUACUGGGACAUAUUGUGCAUAGUUAAAUGUACUUGGAGUGUUUGGUCUCUAUUUCACAGGCAAAACAACUUUUUUUUUUUUUUUUCUGUGAAGAAAAACACUGUGUCGGUCCUUGUGGUGGAGUCAUGGCUUUUGACUCAUGUUUUCUUGUUCUAGAGAUUUAAAAAAAUGUUCUGUGCUCUCAGUCACAUAGCAACUCCUCACCAAAAGGUAGGCUACAGAGAAAAAUACCAGAAGUCUUGUACGGAGGUGGGAAAAGAGACAUUGAAUUGUAUAAAACACCCUAAAUAAAUUAAACUGUGCUUUAACAAAUAGCUUUAUUUUAAGUAAUCUUAAUGGUUUUCCAAUUCUAAUUUCUUUUAGUUGUUGCUGUUAUAAUACGUCUAAAUAUUCAGCUGUUACAUUAGAUUUUUAUAUUUCAGUCUGCCAACCAGCAGGUAUUUUUUUAAAAAUCUCUUUAGUUUGCAAGUGUAAUAAUAGUGAUAUUUAGUUAGGCAGAAAGGAGAUAAACUUUGAAGAUCACAUUUACUUUAUUAAAUGAAAUAGAGUGAGCCUCUUAGAGGCUUAAAUGAGAAGUAAUGCUGCUGUGAAGCUCUAUGUAACCUCCUCCCAGACCUCUGUAAAGUAGUAAGAAGAUGCUGCCCUAAGGAGAAAGUUAAGAUAUGUAGACAUGGUGCUUAGGGACAUGGUUUAGUGGUGGAGUUGGCAGUGCUAGGUUAACGGUUGGACUUGAUGAUCUUAAAGGUCUUUUCCAACCUAAACGAUUCUAUGGUUCUAUGAUUUAAAAUCUGUAGAGCUGCAGGUAUAUGCUGAUGAUAAUUGCAAGAUGCAGUCUUGUUGGAUACAGCUUUCAUUGGGUAAUACCUCGUCUCUAAUUUGCUGCUAAUUAUGUAGCUGACCUUUUUGAAAGUAUCCCCCCAACCUGAGGUGGAGCUAGCAAUGCUACACUUACCAACAUUUUUCACAUUUAAUUUAUUUUAACAAUUUGUGAUGCUCUCUUUUGUACUGCCAUGCUUGUGAAGUAUUCCUCAUGCAUGAAAUAUAGCUACUUUUUUCACGCAGGUGGAUGGUAAACAGUGUAUCAGUGUAGGGUGGAUACAUAUCCCCUUCAUUCUUCUGAACUGUUGUGAAAAACACCAGGUUCUUUUUUAACAUAUUCAUUAUAAGUACCUAUUAGUGUGCAUGUAUGCUCUGCUCUGUGCAGUAGGUACACUGUGUUUACCGAGUAAAAGUUGCAUACAGUAGUUGCUGUGUAUAUAAACUCAAACAUGUUUGUGCUGUGUAUAAGGUAAUGUCCCUAGCUCUUCACAGUUCUGUUUCCCAUGUCAUUUACCGCUUGGGGCAGCCAUUGUUCUACAGGACCUUCAAGCCAUGAAGGAGGGCAAGUGCUUUUUCCAGAGCUGCCGUGGUGUGUUAGAGGUACUGAGCUAUGAAGCACGCUUCCUAUUUUAGUCUGGCAGAAGUGACUGAGCCUGGUCUCUAACCACCUCUCACUUACUAGGACAUUAACUGUCUGUUGGCACAGGAAUAGAUGCAACACUUGUAAUACAUGGCCCACUUUCAUCAUCCUAGUCCCAGCUUAGUUGUAAGUUCUUCCAACUAUCUUCAGACUUAUAAAGCCAACAAGUUUGCCGCUUCAUUCAAAUAUCAACAGCCCUGCCAGUAUUAUCAGAAGAGUGUAUAUACUGUACUGUGAAAAGGACUGUAUAUGCAUCCUUCAGACAAACAAUCUUACUGUGUUCUUGCAUCCUCAGAGUGGCACUCCUGAAGCAUUGCUGAUGUUUAUUUGGGCGUGCUUUUAAAUUACUAUAUCAUGUAGUAAUUCAUCAAGUGAAAUCAUUAUACUUAAUGAAUUGUUUUAUAAAGUCUGUUGCAAGUCAGUCCACUGUAGAAAUACUAUAAUAAAAUGUAGUUGGAAUAGUGAUAUACUUUAAGUGGGAAAUUUUCCUCAUUCAAGUCAUAAUGUUCAAAAUGUAGGUCCUGAGGUGGAUCAUUUCUAAGCAUCAUACAAUUCAGUGUUGAAACAGUUUUCAAAUCUCACUGUCCUUUAUUAGAAAAGCAAUUUGAGUAUAUUUUCCAAUACUGCAAAGAUGGGCAAAUAAAAUAUGAGACAUAUUUUCAAUUUAAAAUUUUGUAUGAACUGAAUUUUCUCCUUUUGUGUACUAAAUAAUGCUUAUGUUAAAAACCUGAAACAAAGGUUUUACAUUUGCACUGCAACAUAUAUUUUGCUUUACUUAUGGUUCCACUGGAAUAAUUAUUGGAGAUGAAAUACUGAAAUGUGAAUAGAAAUUGUGCUGUUUCUCUGACACUGCUAACUGUUUCCCAUUUUGAGAAGGUUUGCUGUUGGUACAGUUACAGCCUGAUGAAUUAGACUUCCACUGGAGAAUUAAAUGAUUUGUACCCCAAGAAAGAAAAUUCCUGCAUGUAAAAUCUUUGUGUAACAAAUGGGAGAUGCAAAUAGUUAUAGUAGAGAGGGGUAUUUCUGGAUAUUAUCUCACUGGGAUUUAAAAAUGGUACUUCGUUAGUCUGCAAGCAGCACUUUUUAAAUGAAUGGUUGUAGAUUUGUAAAUAUGUAAUGUUUAAAUUUUAUUUACCAAAAAACAGUAUGUUGGAUGUCUUGCUUUGGUUUGUAGUUCCUUUAACAUACGCAAGUCAGUGUUCACAAUGUUAAGUUUUUUUCUGUCUCAUCCAAAAAAAGUUUUACGGUGAGUCAAUAAAAAGCUUAAAAUCUUUCUGGUUAUUUUCAUUAACAUUUUAUUAGAUGGAUUAGAAUGACAGAAAUGUCUGCAACUCUUAACUACAUCAUCUGCUCACAUGAGGCAUUGCAUUGUUAACAAUAAACCCUUCAGGUUUGUUGAUAGCUGA